AGAGGCUCCACGAGUGCGAGGGGGCAGCGCCGGAUACAAAGGGGUCACUCAAAUACAAGGACCAUACGUUGAUCAAGUCUGCAUUGGCGGAGAGAGGAGACAGUGGCGGAGAGAGGAGAGACAAAGGAAUACGAGUAAGGAUGCAAGUGGCAGACACAUCGCUGCGCAGCUCGCCAUUUGCUCAGAGCAAACACUGGACGACAAAGCGACGUACAAAAAGGCGGCCCUCCAAGCCUCUGACAUCAAGUUCACUCAGCAAUCACGUACGCACAAAUGGAAAUCAGUCACGACGGCAACAUUCUCAUCGAACCGCACCUCGAGGAGAUCCAGAAGAUCAAGGGCGUCGACGAGUUCAUGAAGAGCAUCAUCAGCUACGUAGAUCCAGCGCGACACCUCAACGCCCCAGAGCGCGUCGGCCAUAUGUAUCUGGCCUUUCUACUCUCGCUCUCCUACGCUAAGCUGGUAGUGAAUCUCGGCAGCUGUCCUCCCUUGCUCAUUUCGGCCGCUAGUCGACAAUUCAAGAUCAUGCCUGGCAUCUGGAGCUCGUCCGCGGCCGAGGAGGACCGUGCGCGCCUCUUCCGCCGACUGUCGACCCCAGAGAGCAAACUCAAAAGGAAGCGUGGCGAGGACAAUCUUGACACCGACACAGAAUUCUUCCUACGGCUGCAACAGAGCAUAUCCGAUGAGCCGCCGAUCGAUGUCGAGCACGCGAAGAAAAGGCGCUUCGACAGCGUGGACAGUGAGGUACAGGGCCAAGACGGCGCAGGCGCUUCCCCGGUCGGUCCUAGACCGAACACGACACCGACGCAGCAGCUCGCUUCGGCGCUGACGGACGUUGGGCAAGCCGAAGCCACAUCAUUGACAGUGACACAUCGAGUGAACCGCGCCUACUACGACCUCGGCGCUGCCUACGUACACUUCGCCGAGCUCACGUUCGACUCGUGCCCCUCUGCCAGCUCGUCUACCUUCCAUCAACUCGUCUUUGGCUCCGUCGUCGUUGCGAUCCGCGCAAUGGCCGCCGAGCCUGCCCUUCAGACCAUGUCCGAGGCCGGUCUCAAAAAGCGGUUGGAAAGAUCGCGCAAAUACUUUGUACUAGUGGAGUGCUUUGGCCGAGAGGUCCUCGGUCUUGUGCCGCAAGUAUGCGUAACGCGCCUGGACAAGCUCAGCUUCGCAAGUAUCCGCCGAUACAUGGCCUUCGCAUCGGCUAGCAAUCUUGGGAUGACGGUGAUGACCAAUGGUCCUGGUCGCACUGGGCGCUUCCCCAGGGCUCAGAGAGAAGCCGAACGUCACAGAUCCGAAGGAGAGCGAGGGUCGCCUGCAGACAGCCUGUCUCCAGCAGAGUGAUCACGGCCUUUCUGCACAUGGCUUGCAGUCAUAGGCUGGAAGGAUGGCGCAUGGUCGCGGGGUCUUUUCAAUGCUACUCGACGGCUUUUCAUCGCGAUGCUCGAAUCAAUGACACCGUGGAUAGAGGGAUCAAUUCGAUUACCCUCAUGAUUUGAAAAUUCCGCCUGCCCCUCUCGAGUUAGCGCAGUCUGUCGCUACGGUGGCUCUCCGCCGUCGCGCCUCAUGGAGUCGCAUGCGAUGGCGUGAGAAGCG